ACUAAAUAAGUCCAAAAAUCACUUUAUAACAAAUGUUUAUUACAUUUGAAAAACACAAUUAGAUUUUUCCAUAUAGGCUGCGCAGGGUGAGGACGCCUCAGAAGUUGAUUCACUUUUCUUAUAUUGUGUUCUUAAUGAUGAUCCCGAAUGGACAAAAAUGCAAAACAAUUUGCGCACGGGCGAUUGUGACGACGCCGAUCUUGCUUUGGUUCGUUCGCGUGUAGUCGGUCGCGCCGGAGGCGCAGUCAAAUCAUUCGAAGACGCUCCCUGGCGAGACGCUCCAAUCCUUACAUAUCGAAAUGACUUGCGACAAAGAAUACAUGACAUGUAAGUGGGUUCUUUGAUAUAUGACAUGAAUGACUUUCGCUAUUUUUUAGUGUGGUGAUCGACCAAUGUCGUUCAAAAGGAAUGAAACCAGUGGUUUGCGUGGCACAAGACACUCACAGAAAAAAUUCA